UUAAAGUAAUGUUUUUAUACCUUUCACAGGCUGUGUAGGAACAACUUGCCUGAACUCACCUUGCUACCAGUUUUUCAAGAACCAUGAAAGUACAUGAGCGUGCAUGUGUCAGCCGAAGGAUUACUGCAUCUUUACAAUCAGUUUUGCCUUAUUUUUGAGUGAACAGAAACUAGCCAUUGUGAGAAAGCGACAGGAAUAGGUGGACGCUGUCAGACAAAGAGAAAGAAAAAUGGCUGAGACUCCAAAGAUUGAGCUCUUUGUGAAGGGUUCACCCUUCACAUCUCCAUGAGAUCUGGUUAUGGUUUCCUGUCUGUAUGCAGGCUAGCGAUGAUGCUGAAAGUGUUGGAAACUGCCCUUUCUGUCAAAGGCUCUUCAUGAUCCUUUGGCUGAAGGGGAUCAAUUUCACCCUGACCACUGUUGACAUGAGGAGGGCACCUGAUGUGCUGAAAGAUUUGGCUCCUGGAUCUCAACCUCCUUUCCUCAUUUACAAUGAUGAAGUCAAAACAGACACUAACAAGAUUGAGGAGUUCCUGGAGGAGAAACUUGCCCCACCGAACUACCCAAAACUCGGCUGCCGCUACAAAGAGUCCAACACCUCUGGACAGGACAUCUUCAGAAGAUUUUCAGCAUACAUUAAAAAUCCCAAUCCUGGGCUAAAUAGCAUGCUUGAGAAACAGUUUCUGUCAACUCUGGUUAAGCUGAGCAUGUACCUUGACACUCCACUCCCUCACGAACUGGAUCAGAACCCAAAUAUCGCAGAGUCUACACGCCUCUACCUUGAUGGUGACUCCUUCACCUUGGCAGACUGCAACUUGCUUCCCAAACUCAACAUUGUAAAGGUGGUGUGUAAGGAGUACCGUAACUUUGACAUCCCCAGGGAGCUGAAAGGACUGACACGUUACCUGGAUAACGCCUACAAACAAGAACAGUUUCGUCACACCUGCCCAAAUGACUCAGAGAUCCUAAUUGCCUACAAAUCUGUGGCCAAGUACCUGACCAAAUAGACCAAGGGGGAAUGACAAACUAUCAGGGCUGUUUUGUUUUUAGUAUUUAUCUGCUUUAAUUGAAACUCUCAUUUAUCCUUUGUGCUGACAGGUUUAUCUGUUUGUAACUAAAUUGCUAAGUUGUACGUGUGCUUGAAUAGGAUCUCUCUUGUACCAACAUGAUUCUGCAAAAUGGCUUCCAUUGUCAGUAAAGAAGAAGCAAAACUGUUUCAUAGAAAACAGAAAAGCAUUUGCACAUAAAAAGAAAUAUUUGCAAAAUAAGGUUUACAUUUGCAUAUUUAACUGGUUACUGCAAAUAUCAAAGAUUUUUUACAUACUAAAAGUGCUGUACUAUUUGGUUUUCUUCCGUCUUUAUAAGCUGCAGGACUGCUUUAUGCAUCUUUAAAUGUACAUGCCAAAGCCUGAUGGUUUACAGAUAUAUUGAUGCUAUGUUUCAUAAAUCAGUAUUUUGCAUUUAGUUAAAUAGUCACAAAUGAAAAAAGAAUGAGUCAGUUCUGUAUUUCAGUGUAGUUUCUAAGCUAUGUUUACUUAUGACAUAAUCUGUAAUUGAAUGAAAUGUGGUAACAAAAAAAUAUUGUAUUUUGUUCAAUAUCAAACGCUGCAUUAUAUAAAGAAAUCAUGGUGUUGAUGGA